AUGGUGUAUGGCUUCGAGACCUCCCUGGUGACUGUUACGAGCCAGAACCUCCACACGAGCCUGGGGUCUCUUAUCAUCGGAGGCUUGGCGGCCACCGCACUCUCCGGUAUUGUGUGCAUGCAAACGGUGCUAUAUGCCCGUCUGUUUGAAAACGACUCCGGCAUUCUGAAGUCGGUGGUUGCGCUUGUGUUCUUCCUGGAUGUUCUCCAUACAUGCAUGGUGUGGGUGGCCGACUGGCAGUACUUCGUGAGCAGCUUCGGUGACCCGAAUAUCACGGACCAUGUGUUCUGGAGUGCCGGGCUCACGAUUGCUCUGACUGCAAUCACGACCGUCACCGUACACCUAUUCUUUACCUAUCGGCUGUACCGAUUGAGCAAGGGCAAUUGGUUCGUUAUUGGACCUAUGAUGAUCCUCUCUUUGGCCCGAGUCGUGUCCGCCAUCGCCACAUCCGCAGAGCUCAUUCGCCUGGGGAGCUUCUAUGAAUUCUAUGUACACUACCGCUGGAUGUUCACGCUCGGUUUGGUCUUGUCGACAGCGCUGGACGUAAUGAUUACGAGUGGGCUGUGUCUAUAUCUCAGAAAAAGCCGGCACGGUGGCAGCGGGCGACUUGAUCACAUCCUCAACUCCGUGACGCUAUACACCGUCGAAAACGGCAUGAUUACAGCCAUUGCCACGGUCUUGUCAUUGAUCUUUUGGCUGGCGAAACCGCAUGCUCUGGUUUACCUCGGACUUCACUUCGCCAUCAGCAAACUCUAUGCGAACUCGUUCCUUGCAUCUAUGAACGCACGCAAGAUGCUGAGAGUACAAAACUCACAAAGCUCAGGAUCAGGUCAUCGGCUGCCUGUCAUCUUCGCCCACCACUUCACACGCGGCGACCGGCGCUCAUCGCCUGACGCCGUCGAUCUGACUGGCACCAAGCUGCAGAUAACCGUGGACAAGACGGUCGAUUACGUCACGGACGACGUACCCGUGUCGAGGCACGACCCGGGCGAGGGCAAGGCAGACAUAACCAUGGGCAACGCGGUAUGA